UUUGGACCCCUUGGUUUAACUGCCGUUGGGUAGAUAUGUCUGUCAUUAGCCCUGAACUGCCUGACUUGACGUUCAAUAAAGCCUUGCCGAGGAUACUAAAGUUUAUUUCAUAGCUACAUUCGUUUAUCAUUUCUAAACAACAGGCAAUGGGAAGUUAAUGGGAAAUUCUGAAGUUCCCGGACCUGACGUUUAUUUAUCGAGUGAAACAGAUGUUAUUGUUUUUUUCCUGUGGAAAUGGGCUCGACAAACUCCACCCUGUCAAAAAUUCCAAACAUCGAAGAAUUGAUGCAAGAAACGGGUUUCACCCCUGCACACAUUGUUCGACUUUAUGACCGUUUCGAAGCAUUGGACAAGGAGAAGACAGGUCAUCUCCGCCCACAGGAUUUUGGAGCCAUUAAUAGGUUGGCGAUGAACCCCAUUGGGGAUCGGAUCAUUGGGGCUUUCUUCUCUCCAGGACAGGAAACGGUGGACUUCCACUCCUUUGUGAGGAUCCUGGCCCACUUCCGGCCUGCGGACAAAAAACAUCCCAAAGAUCCCAGUAUGCCUGAACCUGUCAACAGUAGGACCAGUAAACUCAAGUUUGCUUUCCAACUGUAUGACCAGGACAAGGAUGGUAAAAUCUCCAGAGCAGAGCUUCUACAGGUGCUGCGGUCCAUGCUGGAGAUGCAGGUGACGGAGGAGCAGCUCGAGAGCAUCGCCGACCGCACCAUCCAGGAGGCUGACCUGGACAAGGACGAUGCCAUCUCUUUUGAGGAGUUCCGCAAGUCCCUGGAGAAGGUAAACAUCGACCACAAGAUGAGCAUUCGCUUCCUGCGCUAGCUAGAGUGGUUGCACUGGGUCAAGUGACCGUUCCCAGAGAUGUAGGCCACUUUGUGUCUACUCAUCCCUCCGUGGUAAAAACAAGGCUUCUGCAGGGAAAUAUGAUGACAUUACUGAUUCUUUUAACUGAAUGAUUAACACUAAAUACCUUAAAUGACUGACGAAAAUGCUGUGACUUCAUAUGUUUACUGUAUGGGGUAUGGGGCAUGGCGUAUGGGGAUCAUGUUCCAACGUAUAACUGCAUAGGACUAAUGUAUAAUUACGUAGUAACUGCUUUUAUAUAAUACAGUCAAAUGUAAUUUCAUAUUUUUUUGUAGUUGUUGCAGAACCUACAUUUUCAAUUGGGUUCGUUUUUACAAGGGCAAACAUAAGCUUUUAUGAAGGGAAGCCGAUACUUGAAGUUCACUUUUCCUUGUAAGACUUGACUGCAACGGAACAUGAGAACUAUGAAAGUGAUACAAUAUUUCUACAAAUAAAUAUUUGUGUAAAUGAUGUCAUUCAUUUAUUGAGUUGCUCAUGGGGAGAAAAGCCCAUGAAAGCUCAAGCUUGGCUAUAAUUGUGAUUCAAUAGAUUUGAUUUAGAGAGAAUGACAGUACAACAAAUCGAAUGUCUACAUUUUGAGCCAGAGUAAAGAAAGGGUCUGUUUUGUGACUGACUGGAUAGCAUUGAACUAAUGUGUGCCAAAUGUAUUUCUCAAAUCUAUGCUUUUUUUUCGUCAGAAACAUGGAAUCUUAAUUAAAUAACCCUGUUGGUA